CGGCCUCUACGACUGAGACACGGAGCAAUGAUGUUUCUGUUCAAACUCAUAUUACUCUGCGCCGCUUUGGCCAUAGUGCGGACUGAAAAUUUUAUAAAUGACUACGAUGCUAGCUUUGAUUUCAGUUGUCCUUCUGGUGAAGUGUUGAGCUAUAUCUACAGUGAACACAACAACUACUACGAAGACAGACGCUUUGCAUUUUCCUGCAGAAAAGAAAUCGCAACAUCGGACUGCACUUUCAGCGGAUACGUCAACAGUUUUGAUAACCCAGUCAACUUCGUUUGUCCGACGGGUAAAGUUAUCGUUGGGAUCCAGAGUUACAACGACAACUACUACGAGGAUCGUCGUUUCAACUUUCAGUGCUGUCGGGUCCCCAAUAAGAAGUUAUGUAACUGCAAAAUGACAAAUGACGCCAACACUUGGGACGGCCCAAUGACGCUGCGGGUGGGUGACGGCCAAGCGAUUCGAGGCGCUCAGAGUCAUCAUGACAACUAUUAUGAAGACAGGAUUUGGCAGUUCUCUCUUUGUGAACUUAAAUAUUCAUGCUGAAAAUUAUUAAUAGAAAGUUAACUCUUAAAUUUUUGUGAAGUUGUUUUAUCCUUAAAGUGUUUUUUUUUAUGUUUUGGAAAUAAUAAAUACAUUGCAUCAUUUACUUACCCCCCCCCCCUAGUUUUAUUAACAGAAUAAAUACUAAGUAUUUAGCCCUACUCUGAAAAUUUAAAACGAUUUUAAAAA